CUUCGUCGCGUACACAUCCCUCCCUGCGGAGAUCGCGACUAUAUCGGUGACGUGUUACAAAUCGUGUUACGCGAUCGUAUACGCAUACGCGAAUAGGAACGAGUAGUACGAUAUCUAUAGGUCUCAUCCAUUUAUCCGUCUAUCGUUCGGUGGAUACGCUUGUGAUAUUGCGACUGUCCGAGAAAGCCCGCUCGCUUUCGCAGCCACGAGAGAGGGGAGGGUGAAAACGGAAAUUGAAAACGGCGGUACAGCAAUCCGACCAACGGAUCGGAGAGGGAGAGAAACUGAACCUCAUUCCGCGCGGAAUUACGAAGCUCGCCUUCGAGUUUCUCUCGAUUACAUCGCUACGGUAUUUUCUGUCCGUAUCUCAGGAAUUAUCUCCGAAAAUCCGUCGGCGAAAACGUCCUGUCUGAUUAUUGGGGAUUUUACUAUACCAGUGAGAGGAAUACCCUUCGGAAAAAUUGUCCUUUUUCCGAGAACAUCUACGGAAGGAGCUCCGCGCGAUCGUUCGUAGGAUUUCAAAGUUAUCGCUACGUGUCAACGGCGACGUCGUUCGAUUCUUAGUGAAGUGAUACAACACGCUUUACAGUUUUCUCGAGUAAAAAGAGAAAAAAUUUCUUUAUCUACCACUCGAGAAAUACUUGAUCGAUUUAGGAUGGACAUCUGGAAGAAGUGACGCUCGUAAAGCUUUUCGGCGGCGCGUUUUUCCAUGCGCGGUACUCCGAUUUUCGCUGCGAAAACCGCGGACGAAUCUGAAGAGAACCAAAGUGCGUAGAAGUGGAGGCGCUCGCGAGAGAUCGGGCACGAUGCGCUGAAGGAGCUUCGAUCAUUGUGGGUCAAAAGCGGGGCGGCCUACAGGCGCGCUGGACAUUAAGUUAAAUCGCUUCGGCAUCGAGAACGGGACGGACAAAUAGUGUAAUAGUGAUAAGGCGAGUGAGGGAGGAAAAGAGAGAGAGAGAGAGCUGAACAGAAAGGAGUCGCGUGAGUCACCUGGUCAACUUGGUUCACGAUAUUGCUAUGCUGUCGCGAAGAAGCGUUUUGCUGUUUCAAUAAAAAGAAACUUAAAUAUAACUUGAGAGAAAAAGAGAAUAUUUGGAAGCUCUUUGAAAUAUCGCUUAAUGGCGAUGGUGAAAGACGCGAAAGUGAAGAGCAGAAAUCUCCUUUAAAGUACAUUACAUUGAUAACGGCAGAUAAAACAGAUGUAACUGAGCAUUCGCGUGGAAGGGCACAGUACAUACGUGCGCGUAAGUAAAGACGUACGAGAACGGUACAAAAGAUUGAGAGAUCUGACGCGCGCGAGUGGCUGUAUUAAUUGCCCUGUCGUAAUUGGGUUUUGUAAGGUUCGCGUUUAAUUAGUUCGGGGUCUAACGAUGAAGUGGUGCGUGUUGGUGUUGAUAUUCGCCGGUUUGACUAGGGGUAAUGCCAUCGAUACGAACAACAUCUUCAAUUGUCCGGAUCUCAAUGCUCAAGAUGAGAUAGAUCUCGACAAGAUAAUGGACAAAUGGUACGUCGUAGAAGUACUGCAACACAAGCUCGAUCCCACAAAGCCAGUGAAGACCAAUAUCAUUGUCAGCAAUGACCUUUGUCCGAUUGUGAAGUUGAGACCGUUUGAACAUUCUUCAUUGAAACUGUGGUGGAGUGAGGAAUCUGGAGACCUGGAAUAUACCUUCCGGAUACCAAAUAUUAACACGAAAAAAGGCUUGUGGCGAAAUAUGUACCCGCAGAAUGGUACCUUGGCGGAGAGGCCAGACUACAAGCAGUUCUCCGGCAGUGUGCAUGUAAUGAAGGCCGUUGCCUCGGACAUGUUGUUGACUUUCUGCUCUAGGACUCCCGACCAUCAGCUCUAUUCCCUCCUAUUGUCACGUGAGCACACUCUGCAGAAGAGCGACAAACGAGGCGUUCAUAAUCUCCUGGGACGCCGCGGUCUGAAGAUCAACGGCAUCCGUGAGACUUGCGUGAACGGCGGCGCCAGAUCAAGAGGGAGCGCGUUCGAUCUCGUCGCCUGGGUGAUCCUCGUCGGCCUGUUCUCGUCGAGCGUUCUCUUCAGAUCCUGGCAGUAGUGAAAUCAGACGGACUAUCGAUCGAUCUCGAGACGCUCAGAUCAUCAGAUCGCGCCCGACUGUGUCUCGGACUAAUUAACGCGAUUAUACUAACACUUUGGAUGCUACCGCGCGAGUAAUCUCAGAACAUUACGCCGAGUUACGGAAAUCCAUUGACUGCACUCGACGUACACGUGUUACGUUAGUUAUGAUACGUAUCUGAGAUGCCCUCGCGCCGAAUUAAAUAAUAAUUUUCCCGUCGCGAUAUUCUGCGUAAUUUAAGUUCUUGCAUGGAACAAUUUUUAAUUAUCUCUAAUUUUUAAUUAUCUCU